AUGGCGGCAAUCGUCUCAAAGACAAACAUUCCUGAUGCUGGAGUCCUCAUAGAUAACGAAAACCCGGUGGAACCUAUUUCGCACCGGGGCCUGACCAUUGAACGAGAUGUGCAAGAUGCGCAAAUCGACGUUGUCGCUAUCCACGGAUUUGGCGGUGGAAGGAGAAAAACCUGGACUCUAGGGGCCAAUGAGAAUGAGUGUUGGCUCCCGACUGUUUUCCCAGGGCGAGUUAUGCUCUAUGGCUAUGAUACCAGCAUCGACUCAUUGCCGUUCAGGCGACGCGAUAUUAUCAGAGAAGCAACGCUAUUUCUCCAGAGCCUUCGAGAGCAUCGCGACGAGGACGACCUUUCCAGUCGACCAGUUAUUUUUGUAUCGCACGGUUUAGGUGGACUGAUAGUCAAAGCCGCAAUUAUUAUUGCGUCCAGAGACCCUACGGUAUAUGGGUUUCUGCUGCCUGCUGUACGAGUUCUUGUCUUCUUCGAAUUCCCCCAUAUGUCCGACAGCAUGGGCUUCCUACAGGUUGAUCUACGAGCACAUAUGACCGAGGCACUUGGAACAACUGCAGACACAAAGGCCGAAUUCCUGCUUGGCACGUCUCGCAUUCUAGCUGAGACCAUUGAAGAAGUAAACGGAAUGUUUGUGCAGUCCAAGAUGACGGUUCAAGCACACAUUGUUGACUACUACAGCCAAGCCAUCACCUCUGAAUCCUAUUUCCGAGGCUUCGGUAGAGAAAUCACUAGGAUGACGCCAUGCUUCGGCCUUAGGAAGGGAGUCAGCAGGGAGUACAGGUCCAUGACACGACUGAGUGACGAUGACGUUACCGACCUGCAAUCAGAAGCAGAACGUUGGAUAAAAAAGGGUCCCUCACCAGAUCACGGUCGCGCGAUACGAGAUUUCGUCUCACAAGCCUCGCCUAUGUUUCCACCUGCCCUAAACGCAAUCCCUACGGAACUCAUACCAGCUGUUAAAAAGCUACUAGCGGCGGAUCACAACAUGGUGCUGCAUGUUCAGACUGCCUCUGGUGACAAUUCGCAUGUGUCCGAAGGCAUAUGGUCUUACAUUUUUUCGGAAGAACAUAGACACCAAAUCGUCAACUUCAAGUUCGAUGAAGCUGAUCAGCGCUUUAGCUCCAUCGACAAAAUGCUACGCACCAUCGUCUCUCUGCAUACGUACGAACAUAUUACGGAUGAUACUGCCUGCAGUCUUGCGUCUUACUUGGCAAAGUUCUCGGCGAUUGGAACACGAGACUUGCUAUAUUAUCUCGGGCGAGUUAUUCCCAAUGAUUUUACAGAUUUUCUACCUUAUGUGUAUAUCAUCGAUGGUCUCGACAAGUGCGGAGACGGUGCCAUCGACUUUGUUGCUUACCUCAAUCAUCUACUUGGGGCUGAGGCGCACCGAUUCAAAGUCGUUGUCAGGACAAGUUUAGGGGCAAACGAUCAUCUUCUGUCCGAAUCAGUUUCCCGGAUACCACCCGAUUUCUUAACCACUUUUGUCAUGGAGCAGAAAGACGGCGACGUCAAGAUCUCAACACAUCGGCUAUGCAUUGGCCGCGGAGGAUUUACCCCUCAAACACUCACGAUCCUUGAUGAGCUGGAACAUGUGUUUUGCGACGACUUGUGCCUGCUAUCACUAUUACAGAAUUGGCUGGACCCAGAUUGCCGAGCUUUGGCUGCAGUGGAAUGCGAUCUCCAAAAAAUAAAGGGCGCGACCUCAGAUCGAAUAUUUGCAGCGUUACUAUCCGACAUGCCAUCAGAACGCCGCACUUGGGCUAGCGCUAUAUUGCUUUGGGUUUUGCUGGCCUUCCGCCCUCUUUUGACCGAAGAGCUAUGUCUUCUGUCAUAUUCGAUUCGCAGAAACACCUCUGAAGAUGCUAGAUACGAAAACUACCAACAAAUCCUGGGUUUCUUCAACGGCAUACUGAAAAACUACCAUGGAGAAGUGCGUUUUGCGCAUCCUGAGAUCCGUACAUGGCUCAAAGCCAACGCGGUCGAGUGUGGACCCGGCUUGUCUUCAACACAAGCUUGGUGGCAGAUGAUCCAAGGAGAGGAGGAGGGCCACGCCCAACUUCUCAGGACAUGUCUAGAAUACUUGACCAUGCCGAACUACUUGCACUGCUUCACGGAUUGGCCGGCUGCUUAUCCUUUCCCAUACGCCAUAGAAUACUGGCCGUCCCACUACAGAAUGUCUGGUAACGGCCCCGAAGCCAACACAGCAAAGGUCUUGGCUGUCCAAUUGUUGCGAGAUCAUGCCCUGCGGCUCCAGUGGCUGAGGCCUUACUCGUCCCAUACGAACUGUUUUGCUUGUCCGGAACCUGAUACUCUUGAGCCAGCCGCGAUUGCCGCAAGCCUCGGGCUAGAAGAUCUCGUCAACCGUCUUACUCGUAUCGAAGAUAUCUCCAGCAGUGCCACGAGCAAGGCCGUAACUGCCAUCAUGGUAGAAGCGGCCAAGAGUGGCGACAUCAGCAUGGUACGGAGGUUUCUCCCCACUCCUUCAACACAGUUGCGGCUCGAAGACCCAGGUCUUGAAAGUCUUCUGAGAGCUGCAGUCACCUCUGGUUGCAGCGAUAUCGUGGACGAGAUUUUAAAGUGCAUGCCGAGUGCUCAUGUGGAAGGACUCGACCUGCCUUCAUGGACUUCUGAUUUGUUUCUCCUGGCCAUGUGGACUGAUAAUCCGGCCCUCGCACGAAGCCUCCUUGACCUCGGCACAGACCCUUGUGUCAGCUUUGAAGUUGAAGACGGCCUGGACGGAUAUUUGGUUGGUCCUGUUGGGAUUGCAGUUAUGCGCAACGCGACCAGUAUCAUCGACUUGCUGAUUGAAAGAGGGUACGACGUGAAUCCCAGGAAAGGUAUCGAGCAACCGGAUUUAAUCAAUAUAAUCGCCAUCUGGGGCACGCCAGAGUUGAUUCGGCUGCUCUACACCAACGGCCUGAACCCAGAAGCUCUGGAUGAUUUUGGAGAAACAGUAGUACAACGUGCCGCGGAAUGGGGUUGCUACUUGGUUCUCGACACGCUAUUGGGGCUAGCUGAUCUUGGGCAGUAUCUGCGCUAUGGCUCUACUCAUCCUCUCGUCACUACGGCCCGCCGCGGAUACGCCAAGUCCAACGAGAUCCUGCUGAAUCAUGGCGCAGAUCCAAACGCGAAUGACGAGCGCGGCAAUGCGCUCAAGUGUGCAAUUCUCUCCGGUAACUGGCGAGUCUGUCAGCAAUUGUUUGAACAACCUACACUUGAUGUCGACCAUGGUGGUUCAGACGGCAAAGCCCCUUUACUAGUCGCCAUUGGGGGGAAGUGGGAAAAGGAAAUUAUCAGAGGCCUACUCGAGCGCGGUGCGAACAUUGAAGUCAGGGAGCCAGGAGAGUGGAAACGCACAUGCCUGCUGCUGGCUUCCUCGAGGGUUUUACCCGACGGGGAGGGUUCCUCAACCGACAAGGUCAUCAACAUCCUGUUGAAGUACGGUGCGGACAUCACCGCUCGAGACUCUGAGGGCUGGACGUCACUCUUCACGGCUGUAACCUUUAGGCCUGUGGAAGUGGUCCAGCAGCUUAUUGAUGCCGGGUCCGAUGUCGCUGUGGUCUGUGGAUCUGACAAGCACACACCUUUGCAUGAGGCAGCAUAUCGCCCGGAGGUGUUACCGGCUUUGUUGGCUCGAGGUCUGGAUCCUUCCAUCAAGGGAGUGGCAAAAUAUUGCCCUCUGGAGAUUGCGGCCUCCAAGUCUGCGGCAGCACUCCGGCUGAUGUUGAACUCUCCGCUCGAAAACCAAGCUGCCCUGUCUAAUUCUCUCUUGAUGGCUGUUCUGUAUGGAAAUGAGGAAUCAGCUGGGCUGUUGCUAGAGGCUGGCGCCGACGUGAAUUAUGUCGACAGUGAGGGGAUGCUCCUGUUGAGUUAUGCAGUACACAAAGGAUACGACGCCAUAGUCCAGCUGCUCCUCGAGUUUCGGCCAGAUGUCAAUGCCAGGGACGUCCGCGGGAACAACGCAUUGCACUAUAUCGGCCCUCUGACCUCGACGGCCGUGGUCAAACGUCUGGCAAAUUCCGGGGCCAAACUGGAUGCAACAGACCAAUCGGGGAAUACUCCGCUGGUCAACGUUAUAACAUUGAGCAACUGGGACCUUUUCCACUAUUUGCUCACCAAAAAGGAGGUGCGGCUGGCAAUAAACGUUACGGGUCGGGACGGAGCGGCUUUGCACCGCAUCUGCCGCUGUAAUCUUUCAAAUAACCUCGAGCUUAUGCAGCUCCUAGUCGACAAUGGUGCCGACGUGAACCUGGAAUGUGCCCGAUAUCGUGCAGGCACGCCGCUGUUCCAAGCCUGCUUACGGAUCGGAGACAGAUACGCCCCUGCAAAGGAAGAAAUGGUUACCUACCUGCUUGAGAAGAACGCAAAGGUCGACAGCUUGCACACGGAAACCUCUCCGAUUCACGCUGCCAGCAUGUGCUGCAGUGCGAAAAUUAUUAAAAGACUCGUCGCCAAGGGUGCAGACCCGGAAGCUGUCGACCACCUGCAUCGCAAACCGCUGCAUCUAGCCUGUUAUAACUCUCUUGCAGCUGUCGAGGCGCUGAUCACAGCGCUCGAAGAGAAAGCCGUAUCUUCUGAACCGCCAUCAAGCGCGGGGUCAAGUCAUGGAUUUGCUCUGAAAGACGUGCUUGGAAGAGUUCCGCUGCACUACACCGUAGCGACAGGUGACAUUGCUCUCAUCACACAUGUCCUUGAGCGGUCACUCGCCGCUGGCCUCACCGUCGACGUGCCGGAUCACGACGGCUGGACGCCGCUGUUAUGGGCCCUACGCGAUGUGAACAUAUGCGAACUGGGUGACGAUGGUCCCGACCGUCGUGUAGGCGAGGUGGUCAGACUGCUACUCGAUCGCGGUGCCAACCCAGCGGUCCGGGUCCGGGUGCCCGCCGUCAUGGAUGCGCCUGGAAAUGAAUGGUUUGCAGUUGAUGUCGGCAGAUAUUACGGCAACUCCCCAGAAGUAAUCAAGCUGCUUGACGAGAGGUUUCCGCAGACGCGCGACGGAUACGAGUCCACCAAGAUAGGUGAUUUGGUUCCGAACUACUUCUGUGACGGUUGUGAUUUGGGAUUGGUCGGCAUCUACCACAUUUGCCAGAACUGUCUGGAGAACUGUCCGGACUAUACACUCUGCUUCAAGUGCUACGGCCACUAUGACAAGUUUCACCCGCCGCACGACUUUGUGCAGGCAGGUACCCACCACGGCGUCAGAGAUGCAGAGGUCGAGGCUGCCGGGUCGGUCGUGAAGUCGUCUUUGCGGGAGACCGGCAACGGCAGCGAUGAUGAUUUGGACUUGAACAGUGACGUUAUUAGUGAUGAUGAUGCUAGUUGA